AUCCCCUCACUGUAUUCCUGACAAACGACGCACUCCCCCACCCCCGCUCCUCUCCCCGCCGGUUCCCCCUGCUCCUCUCCCUUGCCAGAGCCCUCUGCUCGGCGUCGCCGGAGAUUCCCCGCGCAGCUCCCUGCUCUGCUCUCCCUCCUUGUUCCCCUCUUCCUCCGCUGCGUUGCUUCCCCGAGCGAGGAGAAGCCUCGAUUUUUCCGACCUCCUCCAACAGAAGCCGCAGCUGCCCCGCCCACCACCGCCACAGCUCACCGCCGCCGCAACUGCCUCCUCCGCCGCUCUCUCCUGCUCGCGCAGCUCCAGCUUGCCUUCCUCUCCUAGCUUCCCCCCUCCCUAGUGACCUUCGCGCUCUGCUCCGGCUGCUUCAGAUCCGGCGCCGGCGAGGCUGAUAUGGUGGCUGCAAGGCCAGACGGCGAGAGACGUAGCCGACGAGCCCGUCGAGCUUGCGAGCUCGAUGGGGGCGGAGACGUCUUCUGUACUGCGAGCUCCACCAUCCCAGCACAUACUGUACUGCGAGCUCGACGACGACGGUGGCGUCUUCUUGGCAGGCAAAAUUCCUAACUGUUGGAGUAGCUUCGUCAUAAGCCUGAAAUGCAACUUGGGGGACAAUUGGACAUCAUCAUCAGGAGGUCAGCAACCAACACGAACUGCAACACGAAAUUUCAGGAUAAUCGGGAGGACAGCAACAAUAAAUUUCAGGAUCACAAAGAGUUCAGUGGAGGCGGGGGCGGGGACGGGGAUUGGAGUACCAGCCGUCCGCAAUAGUGGUGGGGUGGGGGGAUCGGGGGCGUCGGCGUCGCCCACAAGCAGCAACGGUGGCAGUAGAGGCGUCCACCACCGCGACCACCACCAGCUGCCGGCGGCUAAGCGGACCAGCCUGGUGGCCGAAGCGGAUCAGCGCGGCGCCGUUAGGCAGCGGAGUCGGGGCCGGCAAGCUGUGUCUUGGGUGGCGAUGGUCCUGCUCGUGGGUGGACGACGAAGUUCCUGCCCGUGGCCGGCGGAGGUCCUGCUCGUCGGUGGGCUAGUUGGCCGGCUCCUGGGCGGCGCAUGGCCUGCUAGAGGGCGCCGCAUGGCCUGGUCAAGUGCGUGGAGGUGCAGAAGCGGCAACUCUCCCUCCGGCGGGUGGCGCAGGUGAGUAGCAGCGGAGGCGCAGGUGCACAGGGGCGCCGCAGGCGGGCGGCGCCGCAGGUGGGCAGGGGCGCUGCAAUGGUGGCUGGGGCUGGGUGCCGACGGUGCUGCCGCGGGCGACGGGGGAUGGAGGAAGGAGAGGGGGUAAUUAGUGUGAUGUUUAAAAGUCAAAGGUCCUUUUUGUAAAAAUGCUAAUGUACUACACCGUGGACAACUUUUUCCGGACGGAGUAACUCAAUACAACAAUUGUCCCGAAUACAGCAAUGAUACCGAUCACACAUGAAUUAAAUAAAAUGAAUGUAAAAUUGGCCGGUGCCUUUGUCAAUGGUGUUCAA